AUGUCCCUGAAAAAGCUCGCACCCGACGACUAUCGAGUGGGAUGGAUCUGUCCCCUAGAAGUUGAACAGACCGCGGCGAUGGAGAUGCUAGAUGAAGAACACCAGCCUCUCAAGCAAUCUCCUACCGACCACAACGUCUACAAGCUCGGCAGCAUCCAUGGCCAUAAUGUUGUCAUCGCCGGCCUUCCCCAAACCGGCAACUGCUCUACGGCCACAGUUGUCACACAGAUGAGGAUGACAUUUAAGAAACUUAGAUACGGUUUGCUAGUUGGCAUUGGCGGUGGCGUGCCGGUAGAGACAGACAACGGAAUAAUUCGACUGGGGCAUGUGGUCGUUAGCAAGCCGACUGGCGAACACUCUGGAGCGAUACAAUAUGAUCACGGCAAGGCAAUAGAUGGCUUUAUUGAGCGCACCGGCUCUCUCAUGCCCCCGCCUGCUGCAUUCCUGAACGCUGCACAAGCUUUGGCUGUAGAACAAAGCAGGGCAGAAAAUGAUCCCAUUUGGGAGAACACGCAGAGGAUCCGGUCGCAACGUCGAGGUUUGCGACACUUCAAAUUUCCAGGCAUCGCAAACGAUCAUCUUUAUCAACCAGAUUACAACCACCAACAGAUGGGAAUGACUUGCGAGAAAGGAGGAUGCAAUCCGGAGCAGCGGAUCGAACGACCAGUGGAAGAGGACGAUGAGUGUUUUAUUGUUGUGCAUCGAGGCACGAUAGCAUCUGGGGAGCUGGUGAUCAAAGAUGCAAAGAAGAGGGACUUCUUGGCACAAAAGUACAACCUCCUAUGUUUUGAGACGGAGGCCGCAGGGGCACUUGCCGAUUUUCCUUGCUUGGUUAUUCGAGGCAUUUCCGACUACUGCGACUCCCACAAGAACAACAACUGGCAUGGUUUUGCGGCGGCGGCGGCUGCGGCUUAUGCCAGACGGUUAUUUUUCCACAUGCCUACCGAGAUAGAAGAGGAGACAGCUAUCAAACCAACGGCCUUCGAUCUCCAGUCAUAUUUGCCCGGAAUUCGUCAAAUUUCAAAGUUUGUUGCAAGAAAAGAAGAGCUUACGGAAAUGCAAGAGGCUCUCCAGCCCACAGUUCGGCCCCACCGCCGUCGGGCUGUUGUUCUUCAUGGAUUGGGAGGUAUAGGCAAGACGCAGCUGGCACUUGAGUAUGCUCAGCGGCAUCAUGAACACUACUCGACGAGGAUUUGGCUAGAGGCGAGAAAUGAAACGACGAUAAACCAAAGCUUCACCCGAUUAGCAGAACGGAUCCUUGAGAAAGAGCAAGUAACCUACAUUCAGACUGCUGUGGACAGCCAAGAUCAAAGCAUCAUUCUGAAAGCAGUGAAAAGGUGGCUAGAUGAGCCUGCCAACAAAUCAUGGUUGAUUAUUUAUGAUAACUAUGAUUAUCACGAUUUGGAUAACGCUCAUACUGAGGACAAAGAGUUCUUGGGUAUCUCUAGCCAAAUUACUGUCUCCAUGAAUCUCAGGGGCCAAGAGAAGGAGGUGAGAUCGCAGUCUUAUGAUAUCCGCAAAUAUUUUCCCGAGGCCGACCAUGGCACCAUUAUUAUAACCAGUCGAGUAUCUUCAAGGAAGUUAGGACGGCCUAUUGAAAUAAGCAAAUUGAGAAGUCUCGAUGACUGUCUAGAGAUUCUAGCCUCAAAUUCGGGCCGUAAUAUGAUUGACGAUCCGGCUGCUGUCGACCUUGCGAGGCGGCUUGAUGGACUUCCUCUUGCCCUUGCAUCAGCCGGGGCUUACCUGAGACAAGUGCCUGUAAAUUGCACCGAAUACCUUCAGGACUAUGAAAAGUCUUGGGUGGAGUUGCACAAAAAUACUAAAGACCUAGAAUCUUAUGAUAAAGUCUUGUGUACGACAUGGGAUAUCACACAUAAACAUAUUCAGGAGCAAAAUUCAACUGCAUCUCUUCUGCUUCGCCAAUGGGCUUAUUUUGAUAGUAAAGAUCUAUGGUAUGAGUUACUGCAGAACGGUCGAUCACACAAACUGGAUUGGCUUCGAGAUUUGACAAAAGACAGAAUCCCCUUUCGGACGACGAUGAGGCUAAUAUGCGAUCACGGGCUUGCGCAGGCUGGUACGCCUAUUACAUCGCAGGAAGAAGAGACAGCUGGGUAUAGCGUGCAUGUUUGCGUUCACUCCUGGAUGAUUAACGUUCUUAAUCGGGAAUCUGACAAGGAUAUGGCACGAGCAGCCCUGGAUUGCGUAGGGUCUCAUGUCCCGAGCCGGGAACAACCCAAGUUUUGGUCCAAGCAACAGCGGCUCCUAGGGCAUGCGGAUCGAUGCUAUGAAUUGAUCAGUACUAUCCUUGUGGAAGAUGAAAACCCACGGCCAUUGCAUUGUCUAGGUUUCCUCUAUGCCGAUCAAAAUCGACUUAGCAAAGCUGAGAUUUUGCUUAAGCAAGCAAUUCAAGGGUUCGAGAAGACACUAGGGCCAAAGCAUAAAUCAACACUUAAUGCAACCAACACUUUAGGAAACGCCCUUCGUAACCAGGGCCGACUUAACGAAGCUGAAGCUAAAUAUAAGCAAAUACUCCAAGAAAGAGAAUUGACAUUAGGGCCAGAGCAUAUAUCAACACUUGAAACAGUCAGCAACCUAGGAGUGGUCUACAAAGAGCAAGGCCGACUUAAUGACGCUGAGGCUUUACUUGAACGGGCACUUCAAGGCUUUGAAAAAUUGGACUCAGGCCACAAAUCAAUAUUCAACAUACUCAAUAACCUGGGUCUUGUUUAUAGGGCCCAAGGCCAGCUUGAUAAAGCUGAAGCUAUAUGUAUACGAGUACUUCAAGGGCAAGAAAAUAAAUUGGGACCGGAGCAUAUAUCAACACUUGACGCGGUUAACAAUCUUGGGCUUGUCUAUCUUGAGCAUCACCAACUUGAUAAGGCUGAAGCCAUGUUUAAGCGAGCACUUGAAGGAAAAGAGAAAGCAUGGGGAUUGGAUCAUACGUCAACCCUUGAAACAGUCCUGAAUUUAGGCCUUGUUUAUAAAAAUCAGUUUCAAGUUGAUAAAGCUGAAGCUUUGUUCAACCAAGCAAUUCAAGGGUUUAAGAAGGUUUUAGGACCAGAGCAUACAUCAACACUUUCAGCAACCCAUGGCCUAGGGAUGUUCUAUAUGACCCUAUCUCGAUUUACUGAAGCUGAAGCUCUAUUGAAGGAAGCACUUCAAGGGUUUAAGAAGGUAUCAGGACCAGAGCAUACAUUAACACUUGAAAUAGCCAAGCGUCUAGGAGAUAUCUAUGUUAUCCAACAUCGAUUCGAUGAAGCCGAAGCUACACUUCAGCAAGCACUUCGAGGCUUCAAGAAGGCAUUAGGACCAGAGCAUACAUCAACACUUAUGACUGUCCAGAGCCUAGGAAGUCUCUAUAAGAGAUUGGAUCGAUUUAGUGAAGCCGAAGAUAUGUGUAAACAAGCACUUCAAGGUUACGAGAAGGCAUUAGGACCAACUCAUCCAUCAACACUUUUGGCAGCUUAUAGCCUAGGAGAUUUUUAUAUUACACAAGGCAAACUUAGCGAAGCUCUGGAUACACUCGAGCGGGCACUUCAGAGGUCUCAGGCAUUGGGACCAGAGAAUAUUUUAACAUGCGGAAUCAUCAGCAGUCUAGGCCAGCUCUAUACUUAUCAAGACCGACUUAGCGAAGCUGAAGAUAUGUUUGAGAGGGCCAUUCAGGGGUCCAAAGCACUUGGACCAGAGCAUAUUUUAACACUCGGAUUAGCCAAUUACAUGGGACAGAUCUACACUAAACGAGGCCGACUCGACGAAGCUGAAGCUAUGCAUAAGCGAGCAUUCCAAGGGCUUGAGAAGGCAUUUGGACCAGAGAGUAUCCAAGUAUUUGAGACACUCAAUGAUCUUGGCCGGCUCUAUACUAAGCAAGACCGACCUGGCGAAGCUGAAGCUAUGUUUAAAAAAGCACUUCAAGGGUUUGAGAAGGCAUCAGGACCAGAGAAAACUUCAACACUCGUAAUAGUCAAUAACAUGGGCCAUCUCUAUACUAAACAAGGUCGAUUCGGCGAAGCUGAAGCUAUGCAUGAGCGGGCACUUCAAGGGUUCGAGAAAGCCCUGGGGCCCGAUGCUAUUGGGACACACAUCCACACGUUGGACUGUCUUGAGUGGUUUGGGGAUGUUUUUUAUAAACAAGGAAAAUCGCAAAACGCCAGGCAAUAUUAUAUUCGCGCAGAGCAGGGCCUUCGCGCUGUUCUUGGAGCUGAUCACGAAAGGGUCAGGAGGCUAUCGGAAGUAUUGGAGGAGAUUGGACAUUGA